CGGGAGCAUCCGGCAUCUGCAAAAACGUAUAUUCCUCCCGGCAAACAGUGGCGGCCUCGAGGCCGACGAUAUGAGUACCCUUAUCAUGGUGUGCCCGCGGGGCGUUAGAGCCAAAGAACACCAACACUUCCUCUUCCUCCACGCAGGCAGAGGCGGCGGCUCACGACGUCUCGCCAACGUCAAGGCACUCGUCUCCAUCUAUUUUGGCUCCUUACUUUUCUGGUUGGCAUUUACAGUUUUUCAUCAGAACAGACCUUGUGGGUUCUUUCCACACGUAUCCUCCUCUGGGUGGGCCGUUCCGGAGCUUGCAGGAAGCCAAGGAUGCUAUCGCUAGCCAUCUCGACGACCUGCGCUCUCCAAUAAUGCGCAAGGAUGGGCUUUCGGAGGCGGAGAUAGCGGUUCGAUAUUGCCUUUACUGGCCUGAUGGCACAAGGAAGAUGUCUUCCAAAGACAAUCCGAAACCUGGGAAUAUCAGCCGAUUGGUUCAAGCUUUACUGGACAAGUACAAUGAAGAUCACCAUCUUUUAGGGGAUCUUGCAUAUGAACUUGAUGGUGUUGUGUGCUUCCAAGAAUUUUAUAUGGGGGAGAUUGGCUGCCUCAGUAUGUACUAUCAUCUCAAUUUUACUACAAAGACUAAAGGAGCUGAUGAUUUUCACGGUGGCAUCAACAAUCUAUUCUUUGCUGAAGUCACACAAAUAAAGGGCGAAAGUGCUGAAUAUGUGCUCAAUUGUUUCUGUAUGGUGAAACGCAAUGACAAUGGCCGAUGCUAUGAAUGUAUGAAUUAUGGAAAUGUUGAUUUGAAGCACCCUGUCAAUGGUGAUAAAUAUAAAGGUCGCCACUCUCACCCACACAAAGUAGGGUACGGUUUGGUCGAUCGAGGGGUACCUGAAUACAUCCAGAAUGAGGAGGAUAUGCUGGCGGAUGAGGAGGCUAGGAUAAGAUAUAUAUACAAGUGCCCUGAUGAUCGUACUAUUGUGGCAAAAUCGGAUGGUGCAAGAAUGCCUGCAGUUUUGGCCAAGAGAGAGGAUGUUGGUUUGGCCAAAAGAGAUGAUGGCCAGGGAAAAGGGAAAUACAUUGUACCUGCAAGGCGUCAGUUGGUUUGA